AUGGACAUCCACUCGGAGGCCGCGUCCAUCUACGAGGCGCUCGUGUUCUCGGCCAAGCUGCGACUGCCGCCGACGUUCACCGAGGAGGAGCGGAUGAACCUGGUGCACGAGACGUUGGAGCUGUUGGAACUGACGACGAUCGCCUCGGAGAUGGUCGGCAGUCUGUCGGUCGAGCAGAAGAAACGCGUGACGAUCGGCGUCGAAGUGGUGGCCAACCCCAGCGUUUUGUUCCUGGACGAGCCCACGAGUGGGCUGGACGCGCGUUCGGCUCUGAUUGUGAUGCGUGGCGUGCAGUCUAUUGCUCGUACGGGGCGCACCGUGUUGUGUACGAUCCACCAGCCCAGUAUCUCGAUCUUCGAGCUGUUCGACGGGCUGUUGUUGCUCCAGAAAGGUGGCUACACGGCCUACUUCGGCGAGCUUGGUGUCGACUCGGUCAAGAUGCUUGAGUACUUUGCGUCUAUCCCCGGAACGGAGGAGAUCCGACCGCAGUACAAUCCGGCGACGUACAUGCUGGAGGUGAUUGGCGCGGGUAUCGGCCGCGACGUCAAGGACUACUCGCUGGAGUACAAGAACAGCGAGCUGUGCGUUAAGAACCGCGAGCGGACACUGGAAUUGUGCCAGGCGUCGGACGACUUCGUACGUCACUCGACACUCAACUACCGACCGAUCGCCACGGGCUUCUGGAACCAGUUGACGGAGCUGACGAAGAAGCAGCGACUGACGUACUGGCGCAACCCGCAGUACAACUUCAUGCGCGUCUUCCUGUUCCCGAUCUUCGCCGUCAUCUUCGGCACGACGUUCUACCAGCUCUCAGCCGACAGCGUCAAGCGCAUCAACUCGCACAUUGGUCUCAUCUACAACAGCAUGGACUUUAUCGGCGUGACGAACCUCAUGACGGUGAUCGAGGUGACGUGUGCCGAGCGCGCCGUGUUCUACCGCGAGCGCAUGUCCAACUACUACAGUCCGCUGCCCUACAGUCUGUCGCUCUGGUUCGCCGAGAUCCCGUACCUCAUUGUGGUCAUCAUCCUCUUCGUGACGAUCGAGUACUGGAUCGUGGGCUGGAGCAACAACGGAGGCGACUUCCUCUUCUUCCUCUUCGUCUUCUACCUCUACACGUCGGCCUGUACGUACAUGGGGCAGUGGAUGUCGGCGCUGAUGCCCAACGAGAAGGUGGCGAACGUGGCUGUGGGUGCGCUGUCGUGUCUGCUGAACCUCUUCUCGGGCUACUUGCUGCCUCGAACGGCCAUGAAGGCAGGCUACAAGUGGUUCACGUACCUCAUGCCGUCGAGCUACUCGCUUGCGGCGCUGGUGGGCGGCCAGUUCGGCGAUAACCACGAGAUUAUUACAGUCACGUCGGGCAACACGUCGACGGAGAUGACGGUGGCGCAGUACAUUGAGAACAUCUACGACUUCCGACCCGACCGCAAGUACAACUUCAUGGUCGGCCUUAUCGUCAUUUGGCUGGUCGUGCAGGUGGCCAUCUUCCUCACGUUCAAGUACGUGAGCCACCUCAAGCGAUAA